AAUAGUUCUUUAGAAACAAUAUGGCGUUUGCGGUUUCAAAGAGAAACGCAAUGGCGUUUGCGGUGACGCUACUAUUAGUUUCCAUUCCUAUGUCUUCAUCCACACUACAACAAGAUUUCUUGCAGUGCCUCGUCGAGAACUCCGACAUAUCGUUCCCCAUAACGGCGGCGUUUUACUCACCCGACCAAAACGCGACUUUGUUUAAAGAGGAGCUCGAAUCAACGGCACAAAAUCUCCGUUACUUGACGCCGUCAAAUCCGAAGCCUGUGUUCAUAUUCGAGCCCAUGUACGAGACACACGUACAAGCAGCAGUCGUGUGUGCCAAGAAACUCCAGCUUCAUCUGCGGCUACGUAGCGGCGGUCAUGACUACGAAGGGCUCUCCUUCGUUGCUGAGAACGAAACGCCGUUUGUGAUCGUUGAUCUAUCCAAGCUUAGACAGAUCGACGUAGAUGUGGACAGUAACAGCGCAUGGGCUCACGCGGGUGCCACCGUCGGAGAGGUUUACUACAGGAUCCAAGAGAAAAGCCAAACCCAUGGUUUCCCGGCGGGUCUAUGCUCCAGCCUAGGCAUCGGCGGCCACUUAGUAGGCGGAGCCUACGGUUCCAUGAUGCGUAAGUUCGGUCUCGGCGCUGACAACGUCCUCGACGCGAGAAUCAUCGACGCCAACGGCAAGACCCUUGAUCGCGCUGCAAUGGGAGAGGACGUCUUCUGGGCGCUUCGCGGCGGCGGAGGCGGAAGUUUCGGCGUGAUCCUCGCCUGGAAAAUCAAACUUGUUCCCGUUCCGGCGACCGUAACCGUAUUCACAGUCACGAAGACGCUUGAGCAAGACGGUACCAAGGUUUUGUACAAAUGGCAACAAGUCGCUGACACUGACGAAGAUCUAUUCAUUCGUGUUAUUAUUCAGACAGCGAGCAAAACUACCAGACCUGGAAACCGAACCAUCUCCACUUCGUACCAAGGACAGUUUCUCGGUGACUCAAAUAGGCUUAUGCAGGUGAUGCAGAAGAGUUUCCCUGAGCUAGGACUAACCAAGAAGGACUGCACCGAAACGAGCUGGAUCAAAUCAGUAAUGUACAUUGCUGGAUUCCCAAGCAGCGCAGCACCGGAGGCUUUACUCGACGGAAAAUCACUCUUCAAGAGCUACUUCAAGGCCAAGUCAGACUUUGUGGAAGAGCCAAUACCUGUAGAAGGCUUAGAAGGACUAUGGAAGAAGCUUCUUGAAGAGGAUUCACCGUUAACGAUAUGGAACCCUUACGGAGGAAUGAUGGCGAGGAUUCCAGAGUCAGAGAUACCGUUCCCUCACAGGAAAGGGACCUUGUUCAAGAUUCAGUGGCUAUCGUCUUGGUCAGAUGGGAAAGCGAGCGAGGAGAAGCAUAUGAAGUGGAUGAGGGAGAUGUAUAGUUAUAUGGAGAAGUAUGUGUCGAAGAACCCGAGACGUGCGUAUGUGAAUUACAGGGAUCUUGAUUUGGGGGUGAACGAGGAAGAGAGUGAUGCUAGGGAGUGGGGGAGUAAGUAUUUCAAGGGGAAUUUCGAGAGGUUGGUCAAGAUUAAGGCUGAGUUUGAUCCUGAGAAUUUCUUCAGGCAUGAACAGAGUAUUCCAACAAAGAUUGGUUGAUGGAUUGAAAAUGGGUUUCACAUUAAAUGUUCUAACAAAUAUAUACAAGUGAUGUCUAUGGGUUUUGGAUCUUGAUAGGAAGCAUUUUAGUUUGUGUGCUUUCUGUCUUGAAUCUUGAUAUAACAAUCUUUGCUUGUGGUGGUG